CCGGCGAGCAGCACCGGAGGACGGAUACCGGAACCGAGCAGCACCGACAGGAGGACGGACACACCGGAGGUCAGGAUGCGGGAAAUCGUUCACAUCCAGGCGGGUCAGUGCGGGAACCAGAUCGGGACGAAGUUCUGGGAGGUGAUCAGUGAUGAACACGGCAUCGACCCGGCUGGGAACUACGUUGGCGACUCGUCUCUCCAGCUGGACCGGGUCAACGUCUACUACAACGAGGCGUCCUCGCAUAAAUACGUCCCCCGGUCUGUGCUGGUGGACCUGGAACCAGGAACCAUGGACAGCGUUCGCUCAGGAGCCUUCGGACAACUUUUCAGACCGGACAACUUCAUCUUUGGUCAGACAGGUGCCGGCAACAACUGGGCUAAAGGCCACUACACCGAGGGGGCGGAGCUGGUGGACUCGGUGCUGGACGUGGUGAGGAAGGAGUGCGAACACUGCGACUGUCUGCAGGGCUUCCAGCUGACUCACUCCCUGGGCGGCGGCACCGGCUCCGGUAUGGGCACCCUGCUGAUCAGCAAGAUCCGGGAGGAGUACCCCGACCGCAUCAUGAACACCUUCAGCGUCAUGCCCUCACCCAAGGUGUCGGACACCGUGGUGGAGCCCUACAAUGCCACCCUGUCGGUCCACCAGCUGGUGGAAAACACCGACGAGACCUACUGCAUCGACAACGAGGCCCUCUACGACAUCUGCUUCCGCACUCUGAAGCUGACGACGCCGACCUACGGCGACCUCAACCACCUGGUGUCGGCCACCAUGAGCGGCGUCACCACCUCGCUGCGCUUCCCCGGACAGCUCAACGCCGAUCUCCGCAAGCUGGCCGUCAACAUGGUGCCCUUCCCCAGGCUGCACUUCUUCAUGCCAGGCUUCGCUCCGCUGACGGCGAGGGGCAGCCAGCAGUACCGGGCGCUCACCGUCCCGGAGCUCACCCAGCAGAUGUUCGACGCCAGGAACAUGAUGGCGGCCUGCGACCCGCGCCACGGACGCUACCUGACCGUCGCCACCGUCUUCCGCGGACCCAUGUCCAUGAAGGAGGUGGACGAGCAGAUGCUGAACGUCCAGAACAAGAACAGCAGCUACUUCGUGGAGUGGAUCCCCAACAACGUGAAGGUGGCCGUCUGCGACAUCGCGCCGCGGGGGCUCAAGAUGGCCGCCACCUUCAUCGGCAACAGCACGGCCAUCCAGGAGCUGUUCAAGCGGAUCUCCGAGCAGUUCUCGGCCAUGUUCCGGCGAAAGGCCUUCCUGCACUGGUUCACGGGCGAGGGCAUGGACGAGAUGGAGUUCACAGAGGCGGAGAGCAACAUGAACGACCUGGUGUCCGAGUACCAGCAGUACCAGGACGCCACCGCCAACGACGGCGAGGAGAACUUCGAGGACGAGAUCAACGAGUGAAGCUCUGGGAGAACGCUGGAGGAGGAGUCGAGACACUCUGAAACAUUUAGAUGGCAAAAAUAUUUUGAUUUGACAAUCGUCUCUUCCGUAACCCUCUUAACUCCAAACAGCUUCGGGGCACCUCGUGCUCCUGUGACGUUUUUAGAAAAAUAAAAUUGGAUGCAUUUAAUUAAAAAUAUUUUUUAAAAAUUACCAGAAACAUACACAAAAUGACCACAUAAUGAUUAAAAAGACCCAAAAUGACCACAAAAACACACAAAAUGAUCAUAAAGCGAUGCAAAAUUACUAUAAAAAGACACAGAAUGACCACAAAGAGACACAAAAUGACCACAUAAUGAUUAAAAAGACCCAAAAUGAUCUUAAAGCGAUGCAAAGUUAUUACAAAAAGAUGUAGCAUGAACACGAGGAGACACAAAUUGACCACAAAAUUAUCAAAAAGGCACAAAAUGACCAUAAACAGGCAUAAAAUGAAUCACAGAAAGGCUCAAAAUGACCACAAGAGACACAAAAUUAUGACAAAAAGACUGAAACUGACCAUAGAAAGACCCAAAAUAACCACAAAAAGACUCAAAAUGACCAGAAAAAAGGCACAAAAUUACCACAAAAAGACUAAAAAUGACCACAAACAGACAUAAAAUGACCACAAAAAUGCACAAUAUGACCAUAAAAAGACCCAAAAUGUCCACAAAAAGACACAAAAUUACCACAGAAAGACACAAAAUUAUCACAAAAAGAUACAAAAUUACAACAGAGACACAAAAUGACUGUAAAAAGGUGAAAAUUUCCCACAAAAUGACCACAAAGAGACAGAAAAUUAUUACAAAAAGAUACAAAAUGAUCAUAAAGUGACACAAAAUAACAACAAAAAGAUGCAGAAUGACCACAAAUUGACACAAAUUGACCACAAAACUAAAUAAAUGACCAGAAUUGUGAAUUGUUAAUUUUACCAAUAAGGUUUCUUCUCCUUAAAAUGACAUAAACAAGUGACUACAAACAUUAACCCUCUGAAUCCCUGGCUGUUUUUGCUCCUGUCUCAUUUUUCCUCACUGUUGGUUAAUUUUUCUCUGCAAUCUAAAGACAGAUGAACUGUGGAAAAAGGUUCUUCUGUCUGCUUUGUGUGAACACUGCCUGCAGUUCAACCUAAAAGUGGCUGCAUUUAUAUCAUGUGAUCGUUAGUGGCAGCUGAGUCAAGUUUUUUUUUACAGAAACGCUCAGAACAAACAGGUAGAAUAAAGCGAUUCUGAUGACAUAUCAUCAUAUUCUAAAAUGGAUCUGGUAAAGUUUUUCCAACCAAAUGAAGUUUUUUCCAUCAAAAAGUUUAGAUAGACAGCAGGUUUUGGGAUUAGGAGGGUUAAAUAGACAGGAGAACUGGUGUUUAUUGUAAAUCUUAAAGAAGACCUCGGCCUAGUUUUUUUUUGUUGUUGUUUUUAUUUCUGGUCUUUAUCUACUAACAGAAUAUUUGAAGAAUUAAUCAACUAGUUGAUCCAAAGUGAAAGCUUUCACCAGCUGUGUCCUUAAAUCCCGAACAUCGUCUAGGUUUCUGUUUUCUGUUUAGUGACUAAAUGUGUCAUUCAAGAUAAACUUCUUAACUCUAAUGACAGACCCUUUUAUUUAACUUAAUUUAAAGAAUUUUGGACAUUUCAUUUUAAGACCUUACAGGAUAGUGACUGCAGACGAAAAACAGACAAAACAACCACAAAGAAACAAAAAUUCUUACAAAGAGGCACAAAAUGUCCACAGAAAGACACAAAAUGACGACAAAAAGACAUAAAAUAACCAAGAAGAGACACAAAACGACCACAAAAAGACAUAAAAUAACCAAAAAGAGACAUAAAAUGACCACAAAAAGUUUCUAAACUUGUUCAAACCUUGUCUUGUUUCAGGAAUGUAGAGAACAGAAUGUGUUUGGUUAAAAUAAGUCGAGUUCAUGCAGCAGGCGUCAGGAAUGAACGACAACAGACUGUUUCCCUUUUUGUACUGUACUGUGUUUUGGUGUGUUUGUUGUUUUCAAGCUGUGAUUUUUGUACUCAUGAGCACAUCUCUACUGGCUGAGAAAUAAAAGCUUCUAUAAAGGC